CGAUCGCGCCGGCCAUGGUGCACAGCGCGUACGACGCCGUGGAGCUGGUCUCCGGCGUGCCGGGCCGCAUCGAGGCCGUCGCCUCCCACGCCGGGAAGCUCCUCGUCGCGGCCUCCGACUGCUCCCUCCGCAUCUACUCCCCGCCGGCCCCCGCCGACGGCGAGAUCCGGAGGGACGGGCCCUACGCGCUCGAGCGCCAGGAGCAGCGCCUCUGGCGCCGCGCGCCCUCCGCCAUGGAGGCCAGCGCCACCCGCGACCUCCUGCUCUCGCUCUCCGACUGGGUCGCCCUCCACCGCCUCCCCGGGCUCGAGACCGUCGCCGUCGUCUCCAAGACCAAGGGCGCCAACGUCUUCGCCUGGGAUGACCGCCGGGGCCUGCUUGCCGCCGGCCGCCAGAAGCGCCUCACCAUCUUCCGCCUCGACGGUAGGCGAGAAUUUGUUGAGGUGAAGGAAUUUGGUGUUCCUGAUAUGGUGAAAUCAAUGGCCUGGUGUGGUGACAACAUAUGUAUUGGGAUUAGGAGGGACUAUAUGAUCAUAAAUAGCGUGACCGGAGCAUUAACUGAAGUGUUUUCUGCUGGGAGGAUUGCUCCUCCAUUAGUUGUGCCUCUUCCUACCGGUGAGCUCCUCCUUGGAAAGGAUAACAUUGGAGUAUUUGUUGAUCAAAACGGGAAACUUAUUCAAGAUGGCCGGAUAAUUUGGUCAGAUACUCCUGCUUCUGUUGUUAUACAUAAGCCGUAUGCCGUGGCACGUCUGCCACGACAUGUUGAGAUACGGUCUCUUAGAGCUCCCAGUGCAUUGGUUCAGACGGUUGUCCUCCGUGAUGUUCAGAAGCUUGUUCAAACUGACAACUGUAUACUUGCUGCACUUUCCAACUCGGUCUAUGGUUUGCUGCCUGUUCCUAUUGGUGCCCAGAUAGUGCAAUUGACUGCCUCUGGAGAAUUUGAAGACGCGCUGGCAUUGUGUAAGUUACUUCCUCCAGAGGAUUCAAACCUACGAGCUGCAAAGGAAAGCUCAAUACACAUGAGAUAUGGGCACUUCUUAUUUGAUAAUGGGAGCUAUGAGGAAGCAAUGGAACAAUUUUCGGAUUCGCAUGUGGAUAUUACAUAUGUGUUCUCUCUAUACCCAUCUCUUGUUCUGCCUCAAACACACAUUAUAGGUGAACAUGACAAGCUCCACGACCUGCCAGAAUUAGCAAGAGAAUCAUCUGAUGUGACAGAUGAAAUGGAAUCAUACUCUUUGCAACUUCAUGACUCUGAUGAUAAAUCUCCACUGGAGAACAAGAAAAUGAGUCAUAAUUCUCUAAUAGCCCUUGUGAAGUACUUACAGAAGAAAAGAAAUGGGAUUAUUGAUAGAGCGACGUCUGAAGUAACAGAGGAGGUGGUCUCUGGAGCUGUGCACCAUAGCUUAAUCUUAUCUGAGCCAUAUAAGGCAAAGAAGUCAAAUAAGAAACGACCCCAGACGCUUAGAAGUUCUGUUGCUAGAGAAUUGGCGACUGUACUGGACACAUCUCUUCUUCAAGCUCUUAUUCUUACAAGACAGUCAUCAGGAGCUGUUGAAUUAUUGAAAGGACUCAACUAUUGUGAUUUGAAGAUAUGCGAGGAGUUUCUGAAGGAAAGGAGCGAUUAUAUGGUGUUAAUUGAGCUCUAUAGGAGCAAUGACAUGCACCGUGAAGCUCUCCAAUUACUCAAUCAGUUGGUUGAAAAAUCAAAGUCUGAGAUGGCAAAUACUGAUUCUAUUAAAAAAAUUAACCCGCAAAUGAUCAUUGAAUAUCUCAGGCCCCUUUGUAGAUCUGACCCAAUGCUGGUUUUGGAGUCUUCUUUGUAUGUUCUUGAACGCAACCCGUCAGACACUAUUGAGCUCUUUUUGUCUGAAAACGUUCCAGCAGAUUUGGUAAAUUCAUAUCUGAAACAGCAUGCUCCAAAUUUGCAGUCAACUUACUUAGAGCUAAUGCUCUCAAUGAGUGAAACGGGGAUCAACCCUAAUCUACAAAAUGAGCUGGUGCAACUCUACCUUUCUGAAGUUCUUGACUGGUACAAGAUUCUGAAGGAUGAGGGAAAUUGGACUGAUAAAACGUAUUCCCCAACGCGGAACAAGUUGAUAUCUACAUUAGAGAGUAAUUCAGGUUACAAUACAGACACACUUCUUAAACGUCUUCCCCAGGAUGCUCUUUUCGAAGAGCGUGCUAUAAUGUACGGGAAAAUGAAUCAACAUCUCCGUGCAUUAUCUCUGUAUGUUCAUAAGCUCCACAUGCCAGAGCGCGCAGUUGCAUACUGUGAUCGUGUUUACGAGGAAGGAGCGCAGCAGCCUUCCAAGUCCAAUAUUUAUUUUAAUCUUCUCCAAAUUUAUCUAAACCCAAGAAAAGCUGAAAAAGAAAUUGAGCAGAAAAUUAUUCCAGUGGCAUCACAGUACCCGGGAAUUCAGAGGGUUAGCUCUACUACUAAGGUCAGAGGAGGGCGUAUGGGUAGAAAGGUUGUUGAGAUCGAAGGGGCUGAAGACAUACGCUUUAGUACUAGUGGAACAGAUAAUGGUCGAAGUGAUGGCGACACGGAUGAUGUUAGUGAUGGAGGCCCUAUAAUGUUGAAUGAAGCACUUGAAUUGUUAAGCCAAAGGUGGGACAGAAUAAAUGGUGCUCAGGCUCUUCGGUUGUUACCCAGAGACACAAAACUGCAGGAUCUGGUGUCAUUUCUUGAACCACUACUUCGGAACUCUAGUGAACAUCGGCGCAAUUAUAUGGUUAUCAAAAACUUGAUUCUCCGAGCAAACUUAGAGGUAAAAGAGGAUCUGUACAAGCGACGUCAAGCUGUUGUGAAGAUUGAUGGAGAUAGCAUGUGUUCUCUUUGUCAUAAACGCAUUGCAAACAGUGCUUUUGCAAUUUAUCCAAAUGGACAGACAUUGGUGCAUUUUGUAUGCUUUAGAGAAUCACAACAGAUUAAGGCUGUUAGAGGAUCAAACUCUGGGAAACGUAGAUGAUAUGGCCAUACACCAGAUCAGAUGUCAAUCACCAAAACAUUCAGUUCGAACACCAGGAGAGAAUUGGCCAAUAACCAUGCAAAAUUUGGGUCAUGCUUGGAGAAAGUUUGUCUGAAUUCCUGUUCCAGUUUGAGCUUUCAAUCUAUGGCUUUGCCCGGAUGCUUUUGUUGGAUGUCGGCUUAUGGAAAUGCUUUUGUUGGUCUUUACGGGAUCUGAGUGGAUUGCUUCAGAAAGCUUUUGACGGUGUGUUUUUGCUCUCUUGUGAGCCUUGUAUUUAGAGUAUAUCUUGCAUGCCAGAAAACUUAUCUGAGUUUGUUGGAAGUGAUCGUCAUGAUUACGUAUAGUGUUCCAGCAGAUACUCAAGCGUGAUGUAAAUACGUAAUCGGCAAUAUCUUUCUGUUUGUAUCAAUCAUAAUACCACAAGAGUAAAUAUUGGCAUUCACAUUUUCUGAACA